UCGGGCUCUCUGAUUGGUUGAUUUUUUUAUCCUACGUGGACACCCUCUCCAUGGCUUAUAUUUGCCUUUUAGUAUAGUAUAGAUUAUGAUUGGUUUUACUUUAGUAUUUAAUAAAACUUAUAAAUAAAUUAAAAUAUUAAUAAUUUAGUUUACAAACAAUCUUAAUUUAAUUUGAAUAAAGAAACCUAGUUUAAAUAAAAGAACAACCAUUACAAUGUGGCGCGGACCUUCUCAAAUAGUAUAUGUUCUUUUCAUUUCCUUUUAAUACUCUUUGAGAUUAUCAUGGCUACAGAGAAUCAUUUGUUACAACUUAUAUCCCUCAAAGAGUGAUAAGAAACCUUUUGGUUUUUGUUCAAAAAAAAAAAAAAAAGAAACCUUUUGGUUAUCAGUCAUCUUUCUUUCGUGUUACUCUCGCCAAUUGUAUCUAUCUCGAAAAUGGUCAAUAUACAUAGAUUUUCUGCUUUGACCAAAAAAUAAAAACACAGACAUUUUCUGCUAUUAGUUAGUUUCUCACACGCAUACACAAUUUUAUCCUUUCCGAACAAAUUACUACUAAGACUUUAAUUGGUAAAUACGGAGAAUAAGAAAAAAAAUGAAUAAAACUAAUAAAAUAAGAAAAAAAAUAUUCCUCUCUUAAUUUGAUAAAGAAUUAUUGUAGUUUAUUAUUUCUUAAAUGUUAAGGAAUGUAAAUGAAUUAUAAGAAAUAAUAUUCCUUGUAAAUGGUGUAAAUUGUAAGGAAUAAUAAGGAAUUCACUAUUCCCACUCAUUUUCUUGGUCACCAUUUAGAACCUUAAUCUUUAUUUAUUGUAAGUUUCUUGUAUAGACUAGGAUUUUUAUUAAUUAAACUUCUCAACUAAAGAUAAUCGUAAAAGAAACUCUCAACUAUAAAUUCUGUGAAAUAAAUCCUCAAAUUUCUAUGAAAUAAACCCUCAACUAUUUUUGAAUAGUACAAAAAACUUCAACUAAGUUUUCAACAUUAUAAACCUUCAACUUAUAAACUGUUAAUGUAUGUCACUCUCCGUCACAGAGAGUAACAUAUAUUAACAGAAUUAAAGUUGAGGGUUUAUUUCACAAGAUUUUUAAUUGAGAGUUUUUUUUACGAUUCAUCUUUAGUUGAGGGGUUUAAUUACUAAAACCCUUUAGAUUACUUAUAUGAUACGUAAAAAUAUCUUGUUUUCUGAAUUUUUUGUCUUUUUGCAAAAACUCCUAAACAUAUAUUAUAUUGCCUCCAUUUUUAAAUUCAAGAUUUAUAAGAAAAUAUUUGAUUAUGUGUAUUUUCUAAAUAAAAACAUCAUUAAUCAUUUAUCUAAAUAUAAACUAUCCAAUAGAAAAUAGAUUGCGGAAUAUAAAUAGUCAUAUAAUAUAAAAACUAAUAAACUUCACAUUGAAACCUCAAAAGGUCGUGUUGUUUCAAAAUUUGAAACAAAUAAUUUCUCUAAAAUGUCACGUAUUUAAAAACGGAGGGAGAUAUCAAUAAACUCUUAUGAUGCACUAGUAAAACAUGUAUGAACACACAUACUCACACACAUUGCAUUUUUUCCUAGUAAACCACAACUAAAUCAAUGUCUUAUAUCUUAAUAAAUCACUAAUAAAUCCCUAGUAAAGUAAAUUAUUCAAAAGCUUUGUCGAUUCUAAAAAAUAGGGAUUACAUAUUAAUGUUUAACUACUUUGCUCUUCACAUUUUGUAUUUUCUUGAACCGCAGAAUUUCAACAUUUUAUUAUACUUAAAGAUGACAAAUCUUGUGAAGAUUUUCUUAUGGAAAAAGUUAUCUUCCUCGCCAACGAGACUGCAAGUGAACUUACACGCUCGCACAUAUUCUCUUUCAUAAUAAACACCUAUAAGUUACAAUUGCUUUGCCUUUAACUGCCAUUAUACUCUAAAUGCCUCCUAGAUCUUUUUAAUGUUUAUAUGACUUAACUCAUUUAAUCAUAUCUUCAUUAUUCUCUAGUUUUCAUAUACAUCCAAGAGUUAAGAGUAAGAGAGCCUUGGUUUUUGACAAAGCUUAGUCUAAGGUUUAUUGUGUGAAGAUAGAUCUUCAGAUUUUAUUAAUACACAAUCUCUGACACGUUUUUAUCAUAAUCUCAGUCUCUUAAAAACAAAAUGUAACACUUCUUCAGUUUCCACGCCCCAAGAAUCUAUAUAAGAACCCCUCCACAACUAUACCAAAGAGCAUAACAACAACAACACCAAAACUAAGAAGAGCUCUUGAGAGAAAUGGAUAACUCCAAUGUACUCGUUAGGGGAAACCGUCAAGUGAAUGAAGAGAAGCCUCCACCACGAGUGUGUCCAAGGUGUAGCUCAGACAACACCAAAUUCUGUUUCUACAACAACUAUAGCGUGUCUCAACCACGUUACAACUGCAGGAGCUGUCGCCGAUUCUGGACUCAUGGUGGAGUUUUAAGGAACAUACCAAUUGGUGGAAGGGCCCGCAAAGUCAAGCGUACAAGGAUAGAUCAGCCAUCUGUUUCUCAGGUGGUUUCUGUUGUUGAACAGGUUAAUAAUCACCAACCUUUCUCACAUGCUCAAGAAACCAACGAAAUUCUUGGAACUUUUGGUGGUUCUUCUUCUUCUGCUGCUGCUGUUGGGAACCAUUUCAGUUAUUCGACUGAAACUCAUAGUGUGAUGGUGCCUCCAAUUCGAAGCAUUCCACCAAUGGCUCGCUUUAAUGGAUCUUUUAACCAAGGUUAUUACGGUGCUGGAUUCAAUGAUUUGGUUGGUAAUCCUUUGAUGAACCAAUCAUUUGGUGGAAAUGUUGGUAACUAUAACAGUUACUUCGUAAAUCAAGAGGAUCCAAACAAGCAAAACCAGAGCUUCAACAACAGCAUGAACAUGAAUCAUAGUGCCAGCACUAGUGGAAGCAGAGAAUAUCCAGGCAUUGAUUACAUGAUCAACAACAACAACAAGAAGUAUGUGUUUCGUUCCGCCUAUCAUUUGGAGAAGCAUGGUCCUUGAAUCAUAACCGUUUUACCCGUUUUCUUUUAAGCUAAUAAUGUUUCAGAUUUUCGUUUCUUCUGUUGGGUCUUCUUAUUUAAGUUCUAAGAGUUUGCAUCUUUGUAUCAGGCAUAAGUUACUUGUCCGGUCUUUGUAUAAUAUUACUAAUUUAUAAUCACCAGUUUGUUGUGUGUUUCAUAACUGAUGAGUCAGAGAGUCAGAGAGAUAUCUAUGUGUUUCAAGUGUUUAUGUAUUGCUCUGUUUUAGCUUAUUCUCUGUUUUAAAUAGCGCCUAAUCACAUUAUGUGAGAAGGGAGUAGCUAUAAAAUUAAUCUAUGACUAUUUCUAAAAUUUUGAGUUUGUAUUUAUUAAGUUAAAUAAAUUCCAACCUAAAGCCAAUGAAUGAUAUAUAAAUUGACACUAUUUCUCUUAUAUAUUACUUAAGAUAUUUCAAAACUUUCAAUGUUAGAUGUUUGUCUUUAUUACGCUUUUUCAAGAUGAUUACUCUUUGAUCAUCAGUCUUGAAAUAUUUGGAUACAGAUUAAUGAGCGAAUUUUUUAUUACAUCAAUUAUGGAUUAGGUUAGAUAAUAUCGAUUGGGCUUUGAUUUUUUUUUCUAAACUGUAAAUAUCAUAUAUGAAGAUAGAUUCUACAAAAAGUAUUAUCUUGGUUCUGAGCCAUCUUGGCAAAAAAGUUAAAAACAAGAUGGGUCAACAUUUCAAACUAGAGACUAAGGACUUAUCGAAGCCACAUAGCCAUAAGAUCUCUGAAUUUCUUAUUCUUCCUUCUAGCGGAGAUAACGUUUCUCAGCUCUUUGUCAAUGCUCCUGAAAACCGCGAUCGCCGGGAGAGAGAUCUGAUUAUGGAUCAAGUUAUUCUGCUGCUUUCACAGCUGAAACACCACUGUUUGAGUUGCUAAUUUCCUAAGCAGAGAUAGUCACAGCUGAAACACCACUGUCUGAUUAUGGAUCGAUUGGGCUUUGAUACCAUAUCAAAUUAUAUAGGAAAGACGAGCUAUUUCCCCACGAGAAGUAUCGUAUAGCACCAUAUUUCUCCCAAACUAUGACUUCAUUUUAGAUGUCCCCGAAAUAAAAGUUCUAAACCUAUUUCUCCAUUAAACUAAAGCUUACUACUUAUAUCUCCAUAAAUUAAAAGUUUGAAAUCCGUGACCCCAUAAUAUUAAAUUACUUGGUUUAAAAAUUUUAUUGAUAAACCAAAACCAUCAAAAUUUUAAUAAUAAACCAAACUAAACCAAAUUCAAAAAUUAAACCUGACUCUACAAAAAAAUAAAACAAACCAACGCUUCUGGUCUUCUUAUUCCUUCAUCAAUCUGUAACCAUGGUUGAAUUCAAAGACUCAUAAAUUUUCGAAAACCCAGCUUGAAGCCAUAGUAGAAGUAGUCAAGAAAUCAAAAUCAUAAACCCACAAAGUUACUUCCUUUUUCUUUUACUUCUACGUGAGACUUGUCUUCUCUGAUCCAUUGAUGUUCUGUCUAAAUAUUAUUAAACUUGAGACAUUAAUGACAGUUUUCUCCAAUUAAGAUAUUUGAUUUAUUCAUAAUGGGGCUGAAGGAGAAGACAUAAAGAAACAAUGUGUUAAUGGUGAUAGAGGUGGUGGGACCGUUGAAUCAAAACUUGUAAACCAUUGGGUUAAUGGUGAUACUAAUCUCUUUAUCUCUCUUGAAGAACAUGUCUGUAUUGCUAGCGACGAGAUUAACAAGCAUAUCCAAAACAAUGAGAGAAGAAAGAAGAAAUUAAUUAAUGGAAGCAAUACAUAUGUAGAUGAAGAAGUGAUUGGUUAGGGAUUAGGUGAAGAAAAAAUUGGGUAAAAUCUGGGUAAAAAGGGGUGAGGAAGAGGAUGAUGGUCGGGUCCCGCGUUUUAAUUGGUUUAACUGAAUUAGGUGUUGGUUCUUCUAUUUAAGAGUUUUUUUGGUUUGGUUUUGUGAUUAUACCAGAAAUUGUCUUAACCAAUAUCAAAUUGAGUUUCAUGGAGAAAUAUGUUUAGAACUUUUAUUUUGGGGACAUCUAGAAUGAGAUCAUAGUUUGGUAGAUAUAUGGUGCUAUACGAUACUUCUCAUGGGGAAAUAGCUCGUCUUCCCAAUUAUAUAUGAUUCCAAACUAAUAUAUUAUUUUAGAACUCUUCCGACAUGAGACUUUGUUCCUAAUAGUAUAUCUUCUGCCAAUCAAAAUUUCUACAGGAGACUGUUAAAAUAUUGCUGUUCGAAGGUCAUAAAAUUAAACUAAGCAGCCUGUGGUUCAGCGAGAAAUAAGCUUGGCCGUUUAGAGUAUUGUUUGAGCUCUUAAUUUGUAAACCACCUUUAUUUGAUAUGAUAACAAAAUAAAUUUUAUGUUGUGGCGCCAAGUCUUUCAAAUGCCUGUGGCUAUUGUUACUCUGUUUUCUGUUGUUCAUCUACAAUUUGCAAAUAUACAAUUUUGAGUUUUUGUUCUUCCGUUUAACUUUUCGAAAGUUUUUUUUCAUUACCUUGAGGAAAUUUUGAUAAAUCCCUUAUAAAGUGAUUUAUGGGAGAUGUAUUAAAAUAGGUUACUCGAUAUAUAAACUUUUUUUUUUCGUUGUCAAAUAUAUAAUCUUUACUCUUAUGGCUUAACUAAUGUCUUUAAAAAUCAACAGCUUUCCACACCAUAUGGAAAAUGGAAGAAAGUAGAGCGAGGGGGAACACAGCUAUGAUGAUCCUGAGCAGUUUAUUUUCAGUUUUGGAUUGAGUGUUACAACUGUAUUUCAAAGUUGGGCCUAUAUACACUGGACACAUGUAUUUGAUUUAAAGACUGUAUAUAUUCGCUAAUCGCUACUCGAUUCUCCUUGCCACCUCUUGUUUUCAGUUUUACAUUCCGGUUAGGCCAGGGACGACGAGUGAAGUAAGUUUGAGUAUACUAUAGAGAAUGAUAAGCAACGAAGCACCAACGGUACAGACCCGGGUUCGAUUCCCGGCUGGUGCAUUCCCUUUGAGCUGUGAAGAUAAAUGGUUGAACGAAGGUUGGGUCCUUCGUGCUCAUCUGAUUUCUUCCAAAUGAUAUCGCCCCAUGUUGAGCUCUUUUUUUUUUUCCUCCUCUUCGGUUCAUUUAAAAGGUGCUAGACGGCAAUACAUAAAAAUUGAAGGCAACGUAAGCAAACAAGAUUGCUUCCAACAGGAAAAUGAAUUUAUUAAAAUCUCCAUGUUCCACGAAGAAGAAAAAAAGCAAUGAAACUCACAACAACAAAUUUAACAACAUCAAAUCAACUGGAAGUUUUAUGUGUGUGUUUAAGGCGUAGAAGAGUUAAUAAAAUUGAACUAAUGAGAGAAAGAGAUCUAUAUGUAUGUGUGUUUCCUUGUUUUCAAGUGUUUGAUCUCUUCAUGUAUUGUUCUGUUCUUAAGCUACGGUUAAUCUCAUGUAUGUGUAGAUGCAUUGGUAUAUAAAUAAGAUAAAUCUAUACUGUGGUUCAGUCUAUAACCUCAUUUCUUACGGCAGUUCUGUCUAGAAUAUUAAUUUCAAUAUCAAUCGCAAUUUUGACGUGACCUAUGUUGUUGUUUUAACCACGAGGAGUUUAGCUUUGGACUCUAAUCUUCCACUAGGCCCAUAAUCAUCAUUUGCUAAUCUAUACUAUACUAAAAGUUGGAUAUCCUCCAAUUCUAAACUAUCCACGUCAGAUUAAAAAUUCAAGCCAACCAGUGUUUGCCAGCUCAUUCUAAUAUUCAGAUCAGCUAAUAUUUACAUCUUUCUUUCGACCCUUCGUCUCUCUCAUUCUCCACCAUGAAACUCUUAACCUUAUCUCAGUUUCCCUUUACCCAUUAAAAAACGGGGGAAAACCGGCGGCUGCUACUCCUAGCAAACACAAAAGCCAAUUCCAAGACGGUUCAUCAUCGACGGCUCCGACUUCUCUCUUUUCUCAACGGCGUUCUUACUGGACGUGAAUAUGAAGAAACCCUAAACAUUGUGACAGGAGGCCUCCUAAUUGGCCUUGAGAUGCUGUUGAAGCAGAAGCGCAGAAGAGAGAAGUUGCUGCUGGUGACUUAUCUCCCAGUGAUGGAAAAUAUUUGAUGCCGGUUACUUUGUGUCUCAGUAAGCAAGCUACUCGAUAGUUUCUAUCAUAGUUUUCUGCAAGAUCAUGACCAUAAUUACGGCCAGGGCCAGCGAAGCACAAGAACAUGUUACAGCUAGAGUUCUUUGAAAAGCUAUUUGUUCAUUACCUUACAAAAAUUCCUGAUUGGUGGCUGCGGUUUACUAUCUUCUAUGUUUCUGUUUACAGUUAAUCACAUGUAAGACACAAAGUAAAUGUCCGCAGAAAAAUACGAUAUCCUGAACUUCAGAAAUAGUACGAAAAGGUUCACAACUACUCAUCAGAAAUCCAGGGAAAUUGGUAAAUAUGAUUAGGAGAGUAAAGUAUUUCGAGAUCCAACCAGAGAGCCACAGACCGACUUCUAUGGUGUGGCUCUGCCGAUGGAAAUCUUUUUUCCCAUGUGCUAAUGGAUACGGUAACAGAACAAUGCACAUCAACAUACUCGAGAGUUAAAGUGAAAGAAUAAAUAAGAACGAGGACAUGCUAGGCGGAUCAAAAGCACCACCAAUGGCCAAGCAAAACGCUACGUCUGGUACUCUUGCAAGUAGGGAGUUCUAUAAAGAAUCUUCUCAGCCUUCCAACGCUUUGAAAAAGACAACAGUGGAUAUAUCACAAUGGAAGCGCUGGAGCAGUCCCUGAGGGACAUUAAUGGUGGAAGAGACAUUAAUGAAAUUAUUUCUGAAGUUGAUGGAGAAAAAUAGAUGUAGGUUUGUGUACCUGGGUUGGAAAACUCUUGCUGUCCAUAAAUAAAGAACUAAAAACUUGAUUAAAUUGACAACCAUCAGUUUCAUGCUUUACAUUUUCAGCAUUCUCACAUUGCUUUUAAUGGCUGGGGAUUUGAUUUUGAUUCAGAGUUUCAAAGAAGGGGAGCUUCGCCACUUCUUCCUCUUUGUGUCAAAUCUAUAGAAACGUCUGUUUCGUUCCAUUUAAGGCGGCUCCUCUGCGGCUUCUCGGUGUCAUUUCCAACUUCAUACAUUUUACACAUGGGAUGCUAACAAGUAACAACUUGCUAUCGUAAAUAAGGAUGAUAAAAGACAUAAACAUGGGGAAAAUACACUUUGUAUUAUGAGAGAACUGCAUCAGUUUAAAAUAUUGUAAUUGUCGAGUGGGAGAACGGAGUACUGAAUUAAUUUACACACUGUAUUAGCAGCCCUUGACCACUAAGAUAAGCUAUCUCAAAAGAUUUGAUUGCUUAAGAAA